AUCGGUGGAGGCCACGUGUGUUCAUGGGUUUAUUUGACUCGACCUUGGUUACACCGUUCACCGCCUCAAAUACCUAUAUACCUUUAAUCCUCUGCAUUUAUUUUCUGCAAUUCCGAUCUCCACCUCCUUUCUCACCGGUUGUUAUCUUCAGUCAUAAAUCCUUUGAUUCAAAGUUGGAGAAAGGGGUACACAAUCGAUCGUCUCCAUCGUGCAGGGAGGAUUUCCAGAUACAGAGAAAAGCAUCCGAACAACAAUUUCGUUCCUAUUCCCAACAAGCCCUUUGUCUUCAUCGGACCUGCAAUACGCAACCGCUUCUCUUUCCCUGCUCUUUCUCCGACACUGAGCAUCACCAAGUUAGAUUUUUAUCAAACCCUCUUAUUAUUAGUAUUGUCGAUUGGUGUCUAGGGUUUGUAACAUGUUUGAUUUUAGGCGGCUUUGAUGUGUAUCGUGCUCAUUUUUCCUCAAUUUCCCUAGGUGUUAUUUUUUUUUUAUUAUUGAUUUAUUUGAUUGAUUUUUCAUUUUUUUUUCAUGCAUCGUCUGUAUGGUCUGACUAUCUACAUGUGUUGAUUUUUUUCUUUGCUCCCUGCUUUUGUGGUUGUUCAGAAGCUAACCGAAGAAUUUUCGAUUCCGACAUUCCAUAUAACAUCAUCUUUACCUUUCAUAAAUUCAUUUUGACGUAUGUAGUCUUUCCUACCCAAGUAACUUCAUUUCAGUUUGCAACCUUAUGCCUCAUAUUGGAAAACGAAGUUUGUUAUUCAAAUAAGGGAGAAUCAGGAUAUUGCAUUGAAGAGUGUCAAGACACCACCAUGAAUGAGCUAUAGAGAAAAGUGAGAAAGAAGGAGAAAUAGAGGAAGAGAAAGGCAAAAUGAAAAAGAAAGAGAUGAAAGUAUGAGGAUAAGGAGCAGCAGACGUCAGAACUGGGAUAAAUAUGCAAUUGUUGAUUGUUGAACAUUGAGGCUUCUUCUAAUUCAUGCUUCUGAUUGGGUUUCAUCUUACCACCUGCUUAUGAGAUUGAAUUUUCAAGUGGAGUAUUAAUAUGCACUAAUACUAUUUGUUCAUGUAUCUGGUCUCAUCUGAACAUUAGUUUUUAUUCUGCUGAGUUAGAGGAGAGGAACUCAUGGAUACUUGGUUGUUAUUUUAGCACUUAAAACACCUAAAUAUAUGAGGAGAGGAUAUUCCUUUGGGGAGGAA